AGGACCAGAGGUUGGACACAGUCAGAAGAGACCCACCCUGACCGGAGCUCUGGCGCAUGCGCAGACGACUUUAGCAAAGCUGUCAUUAGCAUAGCUUCAUCAUUCAUAAUGGCAGAUAAAAGUACUCAGAAAAGUGUGAAAAUCGCUGCGGGAGCUCUGGUCUGUGUGGAGAGUGAAAUCAAAGGAGAUGUAACCAUCGGUCCGAGGACAGUGGUUCAUCCAAAAGCUCGCAUCAUUGCAGAAGCAGGGCCCAUCGUGAUAGGAGAGGGCAAUUUGAUAGAAGAGCAAGCUCUUAUUAUCAACAGUUUUCCAGAAAACAUCACACCGGACUCAGAGGUGGAACCAAAGACUAUGACCAUUGGCAUUAACAAUGUAUUUGAAGUUGGCUGCGUUUCACAAGCCUUGAAAAUCGGAGACAACAACGUGAUCGAAUCUAAAGCCGAUGUUGGGAGAAACGUGAUCCUCACCAGCGGCUGCAUCAUUGGAGCCUUCUGUCAGGUCAACACCUGCGAGGUAAUACCUGAGAACACGGUUAUCUACGGCUCUGGGUGCAUGAGACGAGUCCAGACCGAGAGACCACAGCCACAGACUCUACAGCUUGACUUUCUGAUGAAGAUUUUGCCGAACUACCAUCAUUUGAAGAAAACCAUUAAGGCCGGCCAGGCUGCAAGCUAGUCUUAAACUGCACACUUUGCAAGCUGAAGUGCAAGUGGUUAGAGAACCCGUUUCAGCAGAUCUUGCAGGAAGAAAGCAUGAAUGUAUAUAUAAAACACCUGUCUAGCCUGUCAGUAACUUUUCCUAACUUGCUGAUAUUUUGUAUCAACAGCAACAAGCAGUGGAAGAACUUCUCUCUUGCUGUACUGCUGUGCUGUUUUCUAUGACUAAUUAAACUAAAUACUAAAGGUAAAUCUGAUUUGUUGGGGUUUUUUUAACU